UGCGCCUAGAGGAAACCAGUUUCCACGGCCUUUCACACAAAGUGAGAGAUUUAACAUGCCAAUUUCUUCCCCGGAGAGCUCUUUUUUUUCUCAUCACAUCUCUCGGACAUCUGUGAUUCAGUGAGAGUUGGACAGUCACUGAUGCGACAUAUUGCCUUGAUUCUUCAGUUUUUCACCAAUCAGAAUUUUUUAGCUUUCCUUAAGAAAUGGCCAAGAAAAUAGUUAAAUCAUUUGUUAUUUGUGCUUUUGUGAUCUCUUUGGUGAUAUCUCCAACAUUUGGUCAAACACCAAAUGACAAACAAUCGCAGCCAGUGACUUAUGGAUCUCCUUUUGAUGAAAUCAUUGUGGAAUCCUCGCUGAAUAUCCGCAAAAAACCUACUCCAGUGCGUCAAUCGAGGUCCUUUGUGGAAGAACUCAGUGGUUCAGCAGCUGUGAGGAGAGUUCGCAGAGAAGAUGGAAAUAAUUUCCCUAACUUCGAGAAUUUCGGUCCCAAUUUUGGAAAUUUCGGAUCAUCAAGUGCUUUGGCAAAUGCCAAUGCACAAAAUCAAUAUUUCGGCCAAAAUGGUUUUGGUGGAUCUGCCGCAAAUGCGGGAGCACAAUCAUUUGAGUCUCAUGGUCCUCUGGGUGGCUUUGGUGCUGCGGCUUCGAAUGCACAGUCGCAGGGGUUCAAUGUUGGCCCAAAUGGUAUCACAGGAUCUGCUGGACUGUCCGGAGGACAGACAUACAAUCUUCCCAAUGGUCAAACUUUAAGUCUUACAUACGGCAAUACAGUGUCUUUUGGACCAGAUGGAAAACCAACAGUUUCUCGUGGGAAUUCCAUUGCUUUUUCCUAAAGAGUUUGCUAAGGACAAUGAGAUUAAAGAAACGUGGAAAAGCUAUAAAA